UUCGAGAACAGGUCGAAUUAAUAAAUACACAAAACCCAUAAUUGGGAAGACUUCAUCUUCAGGUACUAUUAUUGAUUUUUAUGUCGAAGCUUGACUCGCAAAAUAAAUCGAGCCACUCAAGCUCGAUGCGAUUCUGCUCGAUUCCUUUUUCUUUAGGAGCUGGACCGGAUUUUUCUUUGGGGGGUUGAAGAUAGACUGGAUUGAAUGACAUUCUUGAAUAGUAGAUACCAUGAAAGCGGUAUGUCCCGCCAAUAUGCGAUAGGGUCCACCAAUUUGUCCUAUAAAACUCCGGUCUACAGCUCUUAUCGCAGCUUUUGGGAAAGUCGUUCCAAUCCAUAAUAAGGCGUGUCAAAGGUGAACUCCUCCUAUUCAGCAUCUCAACCAAAAAGGAGGUUAACCCAAUCGUUGCUUUGUGAGGCAGUCAUCAAUAAGGACUGGGUCUUUGGUCUCUGACAUGUCUUAACAUCAUCUGUAUGGGCAAUAGUGAUCUUUCGCCCAGAUUGAGAUCGUUCCAUUAAAGAUCUGUUUAUGCACCAGUGUAUGUGUUGUCAGUAAACUAUUGAUCUAGAGGACGACGAAGUACGUAAAGGGAAAGAAAAAAAAAAUGAAGAAAACAUGGAUCAACCUGAAACAUGCACGGUCAGACAGCUAAUUGUCCGACAAACCAACCUAAUUUUCAUUAGUCUAGUAAUGCAAGGAACUCUUUCCUUAAUUUAAUAGAUGUCUUUAGCCAAUUGCAACAUGGCGGCAUCAAAUCCAUUUUAAAAUGUCAGUAUCUUGACUAGAUUAGUAAUAUACCCAUUAGUCUUGCGUGACUGUUAACUGAACUGUAGUUUGAAGAUUUUCUUUUGGCCAAGCUAUUUCAAGAUUGCAACAGACCGAUCUGAUCUUCCCCUCCUCAAGUAUUGAACUCUUCUUUUCAAUUCAUCAACACAGCAUAUGCAUUACUCUGCAUAUGAUGUGCAUCCGGAGCAUCUUCACUCUUGUUGCAAUUCUUAUAGUAAUCUCGACAAUCGAUGGCCGGUCUCUGCUGGGUGAUUCUUCGCGGCUAAUUUCAGAUGGCGUUGAUCGUGGCCAUGAUCAGCAUAAUGAACCAUCUCAAUUGCUUCUUCUCAAAGGAACAGCGGGUGUUUGGGACGAUGAGGUUGAAGUUUGUGAGCAGAUGUAUGGAUUCUUGCCAUGCUCGUACAGCACAGCAGGUCACCUGUUCUUGAUAUUGGUUUAUGAGUAUCUGCUGUUUCACGGGGAGUCCUACGUUGCUUCCGGGAGCGAGCAGAUAUUUAAGAUGCUCGGUCCUGGAAUAUUUGGUGCCAGUGCAUUCCAUGUCCUUGGUGCUCUACCAGAGUCCUUAAUACUUCUAGCAUCCGGACUUCUAAACAGCGAAGAGGUGGCACAGGAAUAUGUCGUGACCGGUGUUGGCUUGCUGGCCGGAUCCUCGAUCCUGCUUCUGACAUUGUUAUGGGGAACUUGCGUCCUCCUUGGUAGCAGAGAGUUCUGUGAUGGAAUGGAGCGCAACACUUCAAAUUCAAGCAAAAUUUCGUGGAAGAAGUUCUUGUCUUCCUUGAAAGGCUCCAGUAUCAUCACUGAUUUGGAGACUAGCUACACUGCCAGGAUAAUGGUAUUCUCAGCAAUACCAUUCAUCAUGAUACAAAUCCCAGAAAUUUUCUCGAUAUAUUCGGCUCAACGCAUUGUGAUCCUGUGUGCUCUUGCUGUUUCAGUUGGGUUGCUGCUCUUAUACUUCUUCUAUCAGAUAUUUCAGCCGUGGAUUCAAAAGAGAAGACUCGAGUAUGUGAAACAUGGGCACCUUAUACUUCAAAUCAUACGACAUCUUGAACGAAAUGCAUCAGAAAGACUUCUCACAGAGGAUGGAGUGCCAAAAUUCCAUGCUAUAAGGAGGCUAUUUGAAGAAAUCGAUCAAGAUGGGGACGAUGCUAUAUCGCCAUCUGAAUUAAAAGAGCUGUUGCUAGAAAUCAAGUUCAAACACGUGCACGUGGACAAAGAUAAAGCGGUAGAUGAAGUUAUAAAGGAAUUUGACAUUGACAGUGACCAAAGGAUAAGCAAAGACGAAUUCGUCGCUGGAUUCACAAAAUGGCUCGAGGAGGCAAAGGUUGCGGUUGACAAGGAACCUUACUCGAAAAAAUCUUUUAAGGACUGGUAUCAGCUCUUUCAACCUUUCAUUCAGAAGAAAAAGGAAGAGCGCAAACUGAAAAAGCAAAGAGUCGCAGAAAUUCUUGGGCAUGUACAGACCAAGUCCAUUGAAACCCUAUUCACAGAAAAUGGCACACCUGAUCUACCUGCUAUUAGAAGAUUAUUCGAACAGAUUGAUCGCGAUGGAGACAAUACCAUAUCACAAUCUGAGCUGAAGGAACUAAUAAUGGGCGUCAAGUUUGGUGACAUACCUUUUGACGUGGACGAAGUAGUUUUAAAGGUCAUCAAUGUUUUUGACAGAAGCGGAGACGGCCAGAUAACUGAGGAGGAAUUCGUUACCAGAUUGGCGAAUUUGCUCGACCCUUCAGUUGAAGGCAAUAAGAACCAAGCGCCUAAGUUAAACACCAGUCGAGAUGAUUUCUACCAAGAAACUUGGGAAGAAACUGACAAGUUGGUGGAUGAGGAAAAGGGAAAAGGCGAUGAAGAGAAGUCGUGGUGGAUUUGGGUCAAAUCUUUAUCAUUGUUGUUGCUCGGAGUUAUCAUAUUAUCGGUCCUUGCAGAACCUCUCAUUUCCAGUGUGCAGAGUUUUUCAAAAGCAGCAGGUGUACCGUCUUUCUUCAUCUCAUUCAUAUUGGUUCCUCUGGCCACAAAUGCAAGAGGAGCUAUUGCAGCAAUCAAAGCCGCAAGAAAUAAGAAGGCGCGAACCACUUCUCUAACAUUUUCCGAGAUCUAUGGAGAGGUGUUCAUGAGCAACAUACUCGGCUUCUGCGUCCUCUUGUCGCUGAUAUACGCUCGCGACUUGACAUGGGAAUUCUCUGCUGAAGUUCUUGUGGUGCUAAUCGUGUGUUGUGUGGUGGGUCUGACUGCAAGUUUCAGGUCAACCUUCCCAGUUUGGACAUCAAUCUUGGCUUACUUGUUGUACCCUCUGUCUCUUCUCUUGGUCUAUAUUCUUGAUGAUGUCCUGAAUUAUUCCUAGGAGGACUGUACACAUACCGCUUGAGAAUUUUAUGUUGCCGAUUUUGGUUAAAUUAGCUUAUUCCAUAUUGAUCAUUGAAGUUGUAAUUAUAUGUUUGGAGUCCGUAAUUGUGCCCGGAUGGUCCAUUGGACACUUAAGUUAGAACGAGAUAACUGUGGAAAGCCAAAAUAAUGAGAGGAUUUUCUCAAGGCAUCUUUACUUAGCGAGUUGCUGGUCUUGCUCUUUAUCUUAUAGGCACUCGACCUCGUAAUAUUUGAUGUAGUGCAGGAAUCGGAACUUCUCAACCUAUCGGAGGUCGGCUCGCCCACUCUUGACAGCUGCCAAUGUCCUUGGUCGCCGGCCGACUUCCUGGUCGCCGACAUUUUUCGUGGGCUGGCGGGUGCCUUCAUAAGCUAAUGGAUCAAAUUUGGGCUCUUUCCAAGUAAUAGGCUUCACCUUUGUGGGCUUCCGGUAGUUUAUUGGUCCUGGGCUUUUGUCUUGGGCCUGGCUGAUAGAAGCCCAAUAGAAAUAUCGAAGAUUUACGUGGCCACCAUCAGGGACGCACGAUGGUGGAUUAUGGAAAGACCAUUCGACGGUCGUCAUCAAAUGCUAGUCUCUAUCUAAUGGACUUCAGACAAUUAGAGGGCAUAUACAUAUCUAGACUCGAGUCGACAUGGACUCGCAGAUGUUUGUUAUGUAAGUCCAUGCGAGCCCCAUGCAACUCAAUGGCCGGGAUUGAACCCGAUCUAUCUAGACUCUAUCAUGUCUUUUAUUGAUUCUCGAGCUCAUGCUGAUUUUCGUUUCUUUGUUAUCAUCUACGCGAUAGAGUCCAUGGUUAGCAAGCAGUUUUACCUAAAUAAAAGGUAAAAAUGUAUCUCAUGGACCAAGUGAUUAGUAAGAUGUGGGUCAAUUGACCGGCAUGUGGUGAUAAUGAAUGAUUCUGUUACAAUGUUUUGA